GUCCGUGCCAGCCGUCACCACGGAGACUAACGGGGUUCAGGUUGUGAUGACGGGCAUCCCCAGGGUGGCGUCCCCCUGUCGGGAGAAGGCACCCGUCCACAUCGACGUGGGAGGGCACAUCUAUACAUCCUCCCUGUCUACACUCGCUAAGUACCCGGAGUCCCGUCUUGGCCGGUUGUUUAACGGUAGCGAGCCGAUCGUGUUGGACAGCCUGAAACAGCACUACUUCAUCGACCGUGACGGAGAGAUGUUCGGCUUCAUCCUCAACUACCUCCGCACGGGCAAGCUCCUGCUGCCGGACGACUUCGGCACGUUCGACAACCUUUACGAGGAGGCACGGUUUUUCGAGAUCCAUCCUCUGGUCGCCGACCUGGAGAAAUGGCGGGAAGGGAAAUACUACAACAAGAUCUGUGACGUCAUCGUGGUACACGUCAGUCCCGAGCUCGGCGAAAGGGUGUGUGUCAGCGGGGAGAGAGCGUUGAUUGAGGAACUGUUUCCGGAGGUCAGUGGUGCUGUGUGCAACUCUGCGCACGCGGGAUGGAACCAUGACGCACACCAGGUCAUCAGGUUUCCGCUCAACGGAUUUUGCAGUCUCAAUUUCGUGCAAGUGUUGCAGAGGAUGUUGCAGAAUGGACUGAGGAUUCGUGCAUCGUGCGGAGGGGGUGUCGAGAACUCCCAGUUCAGCGAGUACGUGCUGUUCCGUGAACGGAGAGUCCCCCCUGUCAAAAUAAAGGAAGAGCCCAUCGAAGACUGAUACAAACCGCCUAAACGUGAGAGAAUAUCCGCGGGGAGUGACAAAACCAUUCUCAAAAUUCCUGUCCAAAAAUAGCUCAGUCACCCUUGAAUAUGGAAAUUCCUAAUAAGUUUUAACGAGUUGCUAUAUGUACAUUUCAAAACAUUCGUUGUAGUAAAUUUUGAUCGAAUGUCAAAUGGACUAAAAAAACACCAUUCCACUAGGGCGGCGACCGAACGUUCAGAGUGCUCAACAGUUCAACAAAGUUCAUAGAUUUCAAAAGACACAUCUUUUGUGCGAUUUGCUCUCUUUUUACUCUUUUCAUAUUGCAAUUAUGAAAUAAAUGGUCGCACAAAUCCAAUUUAGGUCGUAUAGCGGUCGUAGCGCGAUCGCCGUCUAGUUGAGUGGGGGCCUUGCCUUUCUCCGUGUACAUGUUGUGCAGUAAAGGACAUACACAACCUAACCCUUGUUCACCGUAGAGUAACCUAUAUCCGUUCUCGAAAACAGCGUAUUUAGGGGUAUCAAGUCGACGGAUGGUACAAUAUUUUGAAAAUAACUUCAGUAUUUUAAUUAAAGAUAUUGCAAUUUGAAAUCACUUUCUGCUUACUUGAUAUCCCUAAAACCCCGUUUUUAAGAACAACGAAUAUAGGUUAUUCCACGGAUAAAGAUGAACUAGGGUUAUAUACGCUGACACUGAUAUAGCCGGAUUUCGGAGAGGCUUCAGAGUCUUUUUUAUCGUUAAGAGAACAAAUUAAAUUCAGCAGCUAUAGUAGGGGCGUUCACUAGUCCGAAUACGCAUGCGCAGCUAAAUGAAUUGUGGGUAAUAUGUCAAAGGUGAAUGUCACUUACUUGUUAACAGUUUUUGCCUAGGCGAUUGUCUCGAUUUGCAUAACAAUAUCCAGACGUAUUAGGUAUAUGUUUUAGGGGCCAUGACCUUUGACUUGUUACCCACAAUGCAUGUCGCUGCGCAUGCGUACUCGGAAUGAUGAAUGACGUCAUAGGUUUGGCCACCAAGCUAUUUCAGUAGAAUAACUCUUACUUUGUCAUAUGGUAGAUAUAUAUUUCUGUUUCACAUGUAUUGUGUAUAAACUUAAUCUGUACAAAACCCUCUCACAAUAUUCUAAAAAGACGAACUUUCGGGUUGUAUUCUGUACAUCUAAAACUAUGUCAUCUUUGAAAUGUCAAUGAUGUUUUCAGUGAUAACCGUCAAUUAAUGAGCCACAAGAAAGUUUCGCAGUAUUUUAUGACUAACCCGUCAAGAUAUAAUUCUAAAAUGACAUAUAAUGGCAAUAUUUGUAUAUGUACAUAAUGUAAGCCUGUAGUGUUCUAUUAGUCUGUAUUUAUUUGUAUGUUGCUUGUUGGGCUAUACCAUCUCACGGAUUCAUGAGGGGCGCAACCACAUUUUUUGAGUGAUUAAUACUUUGCGCUUUUGCCGUGAGACCAAGAAUAUGAAGUUAUGCUAGGAUAAAAUUCAUUUAUCUUAAUAGUCAACGAAACAUUUUCCCAAGCAUUUGAAUUUUUCUUGUAACUCUAAGACAUGUCACCCCCGAAUCUUGAAGGUGGAGUAGCCCAUACAGAUAAAGCUUCGAAGUGCAAGUGCUCCGCGUAUUUGUGGAGACAGUGAGUGUACGUGUGAAGUUAUUUGUAAGGCGAUCAGAGCUCUCUCGCCAGCGGGUAACAUCGCACGAGGUACCGCCAAAGUGCCAAGAAGUCGAGCUUGUGUACCAAAAAGCUCGCCGAACCAAAAUGACCCUAGAUCCAAUACCGAAUCGCCGUGUAUUUUGUCAUGUGUGGAAAAAUACAAAUUAAAGAAAAAUAAGCCUA